GUUGCUGUAAAAACUGGAAAACUCUUAAUUUUUUAAAAUAAAAAUGAGUGAAAAUAGCUCGUCCGCUCCGGCACCGGCAUCGGCUGCAGCACCGGCAACAAGUUCCCCGGAAAAAGAUGACCUAAAGCGGCGAGCGUUACCCCGCGGAUUGCAGAAACUGAUCGAGCGUUGCCUGAAGAUUUACCCGGACCAAACGAACCCACUGCAAGUGACCACCGUGUUAAAGUACUGGCUCGGUGGUCAGGAUCCGCUGGAUUACAUCAGCAUGUACCACAACGCCGGGGAUGCGGAACGCAACAUUCCCCCACACUGGCACUACGUAAGCUUCGGAAUGUCCGAUCUACACGGAGAUGGUCGUGUGCAUCUAGCGGACACUUCGGGCGGUCUGGAACCGCGAUCCGGGAUGGGUUUCGAGCUAACGUUCCGGCUCGUCAAACCACCGAAUGCAUCCCCCGAUGAACGGCCACCGACAUGGCCAGCGAAUCUGUUGCAAUCCCUAGCGAAGUACGUCUUCCAGUCCGGCAAUCGGUUGUGCGUUGGUGAUAACAUACCUUGGCGUCGUCCACUGGAUGGCCGGAAAGUGACUGUCCCCGGGACGGCACCGAGCAUUCAGCAGAUGUUGAUCGCCGAAGAUCCGCAGCUACCACGUACGGAGACUCCGUUCGGGUGGGUUGAUUUCCUGCAGAUCGUUGGCGUGACGGCGGAGGAACUCGAACAGGCAUCACGCUGGAAUGGCAAAGGUGUGUUGAAUAUGCUCGCCAAAGAUCCGACCACCGGUGGACCGUGGUUGAUCACACAGAUGGACCGAUCGCGCAGCGUUUUCGAACUGUUUCCGGAAACGCUCCGCCAGCUGGAGCUCGAUCUCGAAAGAGAAGGUUCGGAUUUGGCCGGGGUGAAUGCGGAUUUCACCUUCAAAGAGCUCGCCAAAGGUGCACUCACGACGACGACGACGACCACGAGCAUUAAACAGGAAGUGCUCGAUCCCGAGGAGGAACUGACGCGUUCCAUCUCCUCCUGUAACAUCGCCGUGAAGCAGGAAUCGGGUGAUGAUUCGCUCGAACGAUCCGGUGGUUCCUCGUCCGAUAUGGUGAACCCGUUUGACAAUCCAACCAUUCCGUCCCGUGCUUUCCCGUUGACCGGACUCGAGCUAACGCUCGCACCGUACGCGGCCAAGUUUCUGAUUCUCGCGAUGAAGGAUCGCAUCCGGCAUGGGCGGCAUUUCACGUUCAAAGCACAAAGCAUGGCCGUCACGUUUGUGGCCGAAUCGGUCACGGGAUCGAUUGUGACCCGUGCCUCACCGUACGCCGUGCUCGGAUGUUGGGUGCAGAUUCUCAUCCCAAACCGUCUGGUGCCGCGAAUGGUCGAGUGUUUGAGUGAGCUCGGUACGAAGAGUGCGGAGAGUUUGAAAAUUCCGCUCGCCUACGAGUGGCCCGAGCAUAAUCUCCGUUUCAUCAUCGACAAUCCGUCACCGGAACUACUCAACAAGCCCGGUCCGAUACUGGCGUGAGUGGUGGGGAUGUACUUACUCUUGACUUUCCUCUCUCCUUUCCAAGGACAGCAGGCGUGAUCGCAAACGGGAUACUCCGUGUCUUCCGCAUAUACUCUACUACUUUUUUUUACUCGCCAUAAGUGCCUGACUGAGCAGGAUGAAUACUAGAUCUGACUGUAAUAUCAUGCAGCUCUUGAAGAUAUUUACAAUUUUUAACUAACUCUUUGUAUGUAUUUUUUUAAUCAACGCAUUGCGCAUUUGCCAAUUUAGUGCCUUGUCCGACGAUGCGA